AUGGGGGAAGAUGACCGAUGGAUUGCUGGGCUUUUAAUCCAGGAGGCUGAGGCGCGCCGUCGUGACGCUUCCAAAAAGGAGGGGAGAAUUCCGGUCAAUACUGAGUUCCUCCAACGUAGCAUUUCCACUACCAAUCAUCGAGAUCUCAAAGCCGCCGCAGCUGAUUUGAAACGCACUGCUGCUGAAACUGCCUUUGAUCUGAAAGCACGCGAGCUUCGAGAACGGAGAUCAGGUGGAAGUCCUCAGCCCAGCUGUAAAAAGCGCCGCUACAUUCCUCCAUCACGAGGAGAUUCCGGCGCCUCUACUGAUCAUCGGCGAGGGGAGUCGCCUGAUGUCGUGGUAGAUCUCACAAAAGAAUACAAUUGGGUGAAACCAGGCCUAGUUGUUCGUGUGCGAGACAAGGCAUCUGAACACUUCCGCCAGAAAAUGGUUGUCAAGGAGUGCGCUAAGGACGUCUGCACGGGCAAGAUCAUCGCUUCUGGUGCUAAUGCUUCCAUCGAAAUACGACAAGUCGAGACGGUGGUGAGCAAGUCGCCUGGCAGGAACCUCGAGGUCGUUCUACCCUCGGUGCACGAUCUUCCUGUGGGGGCUGUAGUUUCGCUCAAGUCUCGACACGCCCGUCAGGGGAAAGCGUCGGUGAUCAGCAAGAGUAUGGAUGGUUUACAGGAGUAUUUGGUCCCAUUGAACAGCGUAUGUGAAUUUGCCGACAACAGUACUUGA